UAGGGUUUCAUCUAUCUGUAUGUUUUUUUCCUGCACAUCUUUCCUGUUGCGCUGAAGAUUCCGACCGUUUCUCUGGCUGCGAUUCCCUCUUGUCGGAACCAGGAUUUACAGCCCCUAAACCCACUAGUCUGGUGAAGCAAUCGUUGACGCUAACGCCGUUGAUCCGCCGACUCAUGGUCGUGGUUCCUGAGGGAAAUUAGUAGUUUUGGUUUUUAACCGAAAUUGUUGUCACCAUCUUGAUGGAGGAGCAGUUCAUUCUUAGGGUUCCGCCAUCUAUUUCAGAGCGAAUUGAUCGGCUUUUGGGCGAUGAUGGUUCUUCCACCGACGAAAUCCCUUUGGAUUUGUCCUUUUCCGAAGAUGGGAGAACCGGGACAUUUGUCAUUGGAAACGAAGAGUUCCCUGCUUCUCUGCUAGAUCUCCCUUGUGUUGUUGAGUCCUUUAAAACCUAUGAUGACUGUGCUUUGGUAAAAACUGCUGAUAUCGGGCAGAUGAUCAUGGUCAGGGAGACAGGUGACCCUGCACCCAGUACAGUAGAAUAUAGGCAUGGUCUCACUCCUCCUAUGAAGGAUGCUCGGAAACGAAGAUUCCGUCGAGAGCCUGACCUUAAUCCAGAGCUUGUACAGCGUGUUGAGAGAGACCUGGUGAACAUCUUGACUGGCGGUACAGUUGAAAAUGUAAACGAGCAAGAGGAAGCUGCCAACGAAAACGCUAGUAACAUGAACAAGAAGCCUCCAUCACCCACCCCAGCGGAAAAGCCCGAAGCUCCUGAAACAACCGGGCCUAAUCCUGCAGGGCCUGAGCCAGAGAGAAGUGAAUCAGACGACUCCGAUGAUUCAAUGUGAGAAAAUGCAGAGAUCAAUGAAGAAGGGCAUGAAAAAGAUGAAUGAUGGAAGCUUCAAAUGUAUAACAAUGGGAAUAAUUCAAAUGUCCAUGGAAGGUACGUUACGUACGAUUCAUAUAUGUGUAUAUGCACCGUUUUUUGGCUGUUGUUGGUAUGGAAUGGAAGCCAGCUUUGGAGGAGAAGGAUUAGGUUUUCUGUCUUCCUCUCUGACUUUGCUAGGGUUUGGUCAGUAUCUUGUUAAUGGUGUUUGAAUUAGAAAACAGAAGAAAAAAAAUCAAGAGGUUGACCCAUGUGAAUGUGAAGCCCAUGUUUUAAGCUUUUUUUGGUACCACUUUUUUGGUACCACUUAAA